AUGGAGCCGGCGACCUCUGAUCCAGAUUGCUUGGGGAAUGUCUACUGGUCUGACAAAUCCUAUUGUCCUGCGGUAACUCAUUUGGAUGGAGCCGAAGGCUCAAAAGUUAAACCCCUCAAGGCAGCCAUUUCAUCUCCUAACCAAGUCCCCGCCAAGCAAGAUGGAUUGCAAGAAGCCCGACCUGCUCCAGAGUGUUUACAAGACAGCCCUCGGCCCCAAAAGCAAGAACUGGAAGAAAUCAACAUAGCCCCUGAAGGAGAACCCAGACGUCCUAUCUUCAUUUGCAGAGAUCUUCCAGCAGAACAAAGGGGGCCUCUCAUCAAGUUGAUAAGGAAAUAUUCGGACGUUUUCGCAUGGACAUAUGAAGAAAUGCCAGGAUUAGACAAAGAUGUUACCAUGCACCGGUUGAACGUCAUCUCCCUGGCUCGACCAAUUAAGCAAGGAGUAAGAUUUUAUAAGCCCGAGGUGGAGCUCAACAUCAAGGACGAAGUGGUGAAGCUGCUUGGAGCAGGGUUUAUCAAACCCAUCCAACAUCCCACCUGGCUUUCUAGUAUCGUCCCAGUUAUCAAAAAGAAUGGUCAAAUUCGAGUGUGCGUCGAUUUCAGAGAUCUAAACAAAUCUUGCCCCAAAGAUGAGUUCCCACUCCCAAACAUAGAUACCUUGAUUGAUUCAGCGGCGGGGCACCAUAUGUUCUCAUUCAUGGAUGGCUUCAGCGGCUAUAACCAGAUCAAGAUGGCCCCAAAGGAUGCCCCAAAGACGGCGUUUCGCACUCCUAUAGGUAACUUUUUCUAUACUGUAAUGCCUUUUGGAUUAAAAAACGCGGGAGCAACAUACCAGAGAGCUAUGACAGCCAUCUUUCAUGACAUGCUGCACAAAUCCUUAGAAUGUUACAUUGAUGAUUUGGUAGUGAAAUCCAAGGAGGAGAUCAGUCACCUUAGAGACCUUCAAAGAGUCUUUGAACGCUGUAAGAAAUACAGACUCAGAAUGAACCCUCUUAAAUGCGCAUUCGGAGUCACUGCCGGCAAGUUCCUUGGCUGUAUCGCUCAUCGCCAUGGGAUAGAUCCCGACCCAGCAAAGGUCGCCGCCAUCACAAAUAUGCCACGACCAACCAAUCUAGACGAGUUGAGAACCUUCCUUGGUCGGGCAUCUUACUGGAGACGGUUUAUCCCAGCUAUGGCCGAAAUAACACAACCCUUCAAUUCACUACUAAAGAAGGACGCCAAGUUCAUUUGGAAUGAGGAGCACAAACAAGCAUUCGAAGGAGUGAAGUCAGCUUUAAUUUUCCCUCUCUCCAUGACUCCUCCUCAACCGGCAAGGCCCUUACUCCUCUACGUCACUUCCACGCCGAAAUCAGUCGGAGCUCUGCUCGCCCAGGAAAUUGACGGACUCGAACAACCCGUGUACUACAUAAGUAGAGUUGUCCAAGGAGCUGAGAUCCGAUAUUCCCCUAUUGAGCGGCACUGCCUCGCCCUAGUCUUUGCCGCUAAAAAGCUCCGCCAUUACCUUCUUUCUUACCCCAUCUAUCUCAUGACCAGAAGCGAUCCCAUCCGCUUUCUCCUCACUAGACCAGCACUUUCCGGCAGGCCAGCUCGCUGGCUCCUAUCACUAGCAGAAUAUGACAUCACUUGCAAAGCUCCCAAGGCCAUCAAGAGUCAAGCACUUGCCGACCUCUUGGCUCAUUUCCCUAGCGAAAAACAUGAACCGCCUUCGGACGAAUUGCCAGGAGAUGAGUUCCAAGCAGCCGAAGUAAACACCGAAGGAGAAUGGAGCUUGAGUUUCAAUGGAUCGUCCACCUCUAAAGGGGGAGGAGCUGGAAUAGUCCUUAUUUCCCCAAAUCAAACCGAAGUCAAUUUGUCAUAUAAACUGGAUUUUAAAUGCUCUAACAACGAGGCAGAAUACGAAGCCUUGAUACUAGGGCUUAUGGCAGCACUCGACCUAGGAGUAAGUCUCCUAUGUAUCAAAGGCGACUCUAAUUUGGUGGUCAAGCAGACCAAUGGAGACUAUGCUAUCAAAGAGCCGCCUUUAGCCUCGUACAGAACCAUUGUCCAAAGGUUGACAGACAAAUUCGACAUGGUAAGGAUAGAACACGCUCCUCGCUCCAGCAAUCGACACCCAGACGCCCUCGCUACCUUGGCUUCUAAAGUAGAAUUUGCGAAAGAAUCAACUAAGAUAGAAGUACUGAAGCGCUCCAUGCCAUGCUCAGUAACAACUAUUUUUCCUGAAAAAGAACCCGCCGACUGGAGAGCCCCAAUCAUCGAUGAGCUCCGCGCCCCCUCAGAAAUCACCCUCGACUGGCGUCAGGUGUAUAUAGAUUACCUCAAAGAAGCAUCAUUGCUGCCAGAACGCUCUGCAGCCGCAACAAUCAAGAAGCGAGCUCCGAAAUUCUUUUUGCAAGGAGAGCAACUUUUCAGGCAUGGCUUCGAUGGAAAGCCAUUACGUUGCUUGUCAGGAGCUGAAAUCCAUAAAGUUUUGGAACUUACUCAUGGAUCAGAGCACCAAGGCGGAGCGAAAAUAUUUCAACAUCUUCUACAUUUAGGGUAUUAUUGGCCUACCAUGGAGGCAGAUGCCAAAAUGUAUGCCAAACGCUGCAAGCCUUGCCAACUCCAUGGAAAUCUCAUUCAUGCACCCACCACUGAUUUACAUAGUUCGAGCCCACCAUGGCCUUUCCACACGUGGGCUAUGGACCUCAUUGGCCCCAUCUCUCAGCCAUCAAGGGGACACAUAUGGAUUGUAACGGCUACAGAGACCUAUACUAAAUGGGUAGAAGCCAUCCCUCUAAAAAAGGCAACAGGAGAUGCUGUCUCCAACUUCUUCCGAGAAUUCAUCAUAUGUCGUUUCGGCAUACCUGGAGUAAUUCUUUUAGACAAUGGGACCCCUUUUGUCAACCGCCAAGUCGGACAACUCCUUGUCUCCUAUGACAUCACGCACCAUAAAUCAACUCCUUACUAUCCCCAAGGGAAUGGGUAA